AUGACGGAAGAAAAAGAUACCAAUGUCUUCACACCUAGACCACCAAUUGUAGAGCAAAAAAGUCUACUUCUCAAGAAGCUGCCCGCAGAGAUGUUGAGUCAAAUUUGCGAUCACCUUGGCCCAGCCGGACAACGACUUCUAGGCGCAACCUGCUUGACACUUUACCAAGUUUUCAAGCAAAAGUACAAGACGGACGAGAGUUACAUACGGUUCGAGUACACGAAUUGGGAAGGAAUACUCAUUGUCAGCGGUCGGGAUAUGCUGGGUUUCACAUGGUCGGCAGCUUAUGAGAAGAUUAUGGUGGAUUGGAUGAGUCCCAAGGAUUCUGCGGCGAGAAGCAUCAGAGAUCGCAGGGAAUUCUGUAGAACCAUGAGAAGACAAUUGGAAUGGUUUGAUGAAAACGAUAUUCAAGCGCAUUCCUGGCGUAAAGGCAAAGUCAUCAUUGAGUCUUGA